CAGUCUGAGUGGGUACAUAUCAGUCUGAGUGGCUACAUAUCAGUCUGAGUGGCUACAUAUCCACAUAUCAGUCUGAGUGGCUACAUAUCAGCUCGAGGGCCGAAGGUUUGAUAAUAAUAAUAUGUUAUCCCAAGGACCAUAGCGGUCAACAUACAUGUAAGAUAUAUAUGUUGGCAACGAAUGUACAUCUAAUUCUAAUGUUAUUCACAUUAUAAUAUUUACAUUCACUGAAUCUUUUCUCUUAUAUUUCUUUUGAAAUUGACAUUGCUUUCACUAUGCAAUAAAUACAUGUUUGUUGCGAACUAGUUGGCUCCGGUUUUCUAGUACCACCUGUCUGUAAAAUCAUUACCAAAUAUGGAGAGUCAUCAAGGUCAAAGGGUACAUUGGCUGUUCCAUUAACGUAACAAAUGGGUCGACCAUAUGCUCUUUUAGAUCUUAAUUCUAGUUUGUAUUUUUAAAUAAUGCAUAAAAAUAUAAAUAUAAACAAUAAAACGUUCUUUGUUGUUUCAUCGGGUGAUGAAGAUAGCAAUUAUUGCAGGAAAAAAAAUUGCAUGCGUUUUUCCUGCAAUGCUAGCUACUUUUAUAACCCGAUGAAACAACAAAGAAGGCAUUUUAUUGUUUAAUUGAAGACUUUUUCUUUAAAUGUGUUUAUACGUAAUGUCAUCCUUAUGGUGAUUUUUGGAUGAAAACAAAAACGCUAGUUGUCCUGCUAAUUUAAUUUAAAAAACAAAAACAAAAAACGAACUUCAAUUCCAUGACUUCUACUGAUAGAGGUUUUCACUGGUGAUUCCCUGAUACAUGUAAAGAUGGACGAAAGACAAAGAGGAAUACUGAGGAAAAGUAGAAGUAUCUUCACACGUGACCUGGUAGACGUGGACACAGUGUGUGACCGACUGUAUCAGAAGGAGGUCCUCAGUGAGGGCAUGAAGAACGAAAUAUUGUCUGAAAACACCCGAGAAAAUAAAGUACGAAAGCUGAUGGACAUUAUUCCAAAGCGAGGCAAGAGAGCUUUCAGGGCGUUCUUCGAUGUUUUGGAGGAAACCUUUCAGCACAACCUCUCAGAUAUCCUCUGUCCAGGAGGUCAAAUGGACGAUCUCGAAACAAAAUACAACGCGCUGCACGGAUUUCAGAGUAAGCGGGCAACAGACAAACCCCUGCUACAGAGAAGUAUGUCUGCAGAGGUUAGGCGAGAACCCGUCGAGUCGAUCAGUGAAUUCCAAGAACAACACAAAACAUGUGAAUUCCCACUGGAAUGUAAAGAUUUCCAAAAGUUAGCCAUUGUGGAGGAGGAUUUCGUUUUACCUAGUAACUGGCCCUCAGAGCAGGAGCAUGCCCAAUCGCUAAAUUUUAAAAUUUGCAAGUCUCGCAGCUCUCCAGCUAGCUUGCGUGAGGAGUGGUCAAGGAUGUAUCCGAUGACGAGAAGACCUCUAGGCAGAUUAGUCAUCAUCAACAACUUCCAGUUCGAUGGUGAGGUGGACGAUGAAAGGAUGAAGCGAUCUCAGCAAGAUACCACCAGCUUAGACGUUUUGUUCAAACAACUCCAUUUCCAGACAAAACAGCACAGCAACCUCACGUUAGAGGGCCUUUCUAGUUUAUUGGAGGAGGAACGGACACGUGACCAUACGUCCAUAGACUGCUAUGUCAUGGUAUUUAUGUCACGUGGUGACGGAGAACGAAUUUACGGAAUUGAUGGAUACAGGAUUGAUAUAGACACUAUUAUUUCUACGUUUGAUUUUGAACAUUGCAGCAGUCUUAGACGGAAACCCAAGAUAUUUAUUUUUCAAGCUUGUGACGAUGUUGCAGCGAAAUCAAAAUUAUUGGGUGCAGAGAAAAAGAAUUAUGAGAUUCUUACAUCAUCAACCACCUCGGAACACAUGAGGACAGACAUGUUCGUUGUCAACGCGGUGCAAGAUGUUGCAGUGAGUUAUCAUGGGAUUUUUGGUUCUCGAUUCAUACAGUCGUUUGUAUAUCUCAUGCGUAACUUGGCCUUCAACGAGGACUUCGAAGAAAUCGUGAGAAAAAUCAAUCACCUGAACUCCGUCAGUGAGCCAGAGAUCAUCAAAUUUGCCAGCUCAUUUUCCAGAAGACUCUUUUUCAAUCCUUGAUUUUUGUGACCCAACCACGAGACUGAAAUCAUGCAUUUCUAUUGGGAGUGUGCUUGGUCAAGAUUAUUUUGGUUUGAGUUCACUUUCAAGCUAGUGUGUUUGUAGUAAUUCAGGUGAAACCUGUCUAAUCUGACAGGCACUGGUAGACAAAGUGUUUGUCUGAAUGCACAGUGUGUCAGAAUAAACAUUGGAAAUGAAAAUAUGAUAUUCAGAAUGAAAAUAAAAUGCUCAGCGAAAAUAGGUUGCACAGGUGUCAGAUUAGGCAGUUUUCACUGUAGUUUGGUUUGAGUUCACUUUAAAGUUGACAAACUGUAAUUGGCCAGUGUGACUACGCAUAACGAAUAUUUUACAUGAAGUGCAAUAGAACAUUUACUAAUUUAACUUGUUUAUCAUGUGUGUGGUCACAUAAUGAUUUUUCAUCUGAUAUGCUGUCAAGUCAAAAGGCAAGGCACUUAUACAUUAAACUUUUGAUGCGAUACGAAUGUGAAUCAGAUGGAAAAACAUAUCGAAAAACCACACCUUUAAAAUAAUACUAUUGAAUAAUGAAAGUACAUAGAGGAUAGCAUUCAUAUAACAAAAAUUGUGAUUGAGGUAUCUUGUAUAUUUUAACUUUGUACCACUAUCUUCUUAACUGUACAAUAAAACACCACAAAAAUUACAAA